GAUUUACGAGAGGCGUUGAAGAAUAGUCGGGAGAGUGUCUCAUCCUCACCACCACCACCACAGCAGUUAGCAGCCAGCCGUGCAAAAACUACCGAGCCUCCACCUGACAAGAAAGCUAGCGUUGUGGUUGCGAGGGAUCCAGCUGAAGCGUUGAUCGACGAUCUAGACAAACAAGCCGAGGCUUUAAUUAACAAAGCGAGCGGUGCUGAGAAAUUGAGGGAGACGCAGCUGAUGUCGUUCUAUCGGAAGAGGUUAUUGGAUACAAUCAGGGAACUCAAUGCUAAAAGUGAAGCGCUUACAAAAGCGAAUGCAGACGUUGAGAAGUAUCGGUCGCGCUACAAAAAAAUUUGUGAAUUACUUCGAGAUGCUGAAGUGAAUGAAAAGGCGCAUAUGGCUGCUGAAUUGGACAAAGCACGUAGAGUUGAGACUGAACUGAGCACACAGAUAGGAACACUUCAAGGGGAGUUAAUGCAAGCAAAGAGUAAAAUACACGAACUCGAAGUGAAAGUGAGAGAACUUCAAGAUGUUAAACAUUAA